AUGGCAAACCAAAAACCCACACCAACAAUCCUCCUGCCAGACCUCCCUCCAAAAUCCCUCGUGGGCAUCGACCUAAUAACAUUCACCUCAACCGCAAACUUUCACGGCAUCCGCGACCUCCCAGCAGGCUGGCACUUCCUCUAUACAGGCGCAACAGAAACGCUCUCCCUACGCAGCGGCGCGUGGUUCUACAUCGGUGACAUAGGCACCGCGGGCAAAGGGUGCAAUGAUACCGGACUCGUUUCGCUGAAGAGAAAGAAUCAACUCCAGAAUUCCGUGCCGGAAAUAUAUAUCUGGAAAUGGAGCGAAAAUACCGAGUCUUUGGUUUCGCUGAAUGCGGACAGUGAUUCUGCAAAGCAGGAAACUAUGCGCCAUAAAGCUAACCUGGGUUCUGUUUGGCAGAGUGGAGGUCUGUUUCGGUAUCGGAGUCGGAUUUCGAAGUCUAUGCUUGUUAAGACGAAAUCUGAGGAUCAGAAGAGCCAAGAGCAAGAUGAUGGACAAGAUCAAGAUCAGGAACCGGAUUUAGCUGAGGCUCCGACUCCAGUUGAGGAUGAGGAGGAGACAGAGGCGAAUGGGCGGAGAGAUUGGUCGGGGUUGACAGAUAGAAUCUCGCCGGCUUUAUUAUCGCGUGUUAUUGGGGGUCCUGAGGUUGAUGUUGAUGGACAUCCGCGAUGGGUGUUGACGUCUGCUUCUACGGCUGACCGCGAUGCGGAUCACAUCCCCGGUGUUGACUCGCCUGCUGAAGGUAAGAAUGAUCCUGAAGCUGGUGACGAACGAGAACGGGAAUUUGGAUUUCUUCCCAUUGAUCUCAAGCGCACUUGGAGAGAAGGUGCUGUUGGGCGGGAAAGGACAGAAGCUGCGCAGGACCGGUCUUGGGCUCUUGGGGAGUUACUUGAUCGGUAUUCUGGGGAUGCUUCUGGGGGGAAUCAGGUUAUCGGAGAGUUGCAAUUUACGUUCCUGAUGGUGCUCACUAUGAUGAACUAUUCAUGUCUGCAGCAGUGGAAGCGGCUUCUUGAGCUGAUUCUCACCUCCCGGCAAGCAAUUCUUGACAGGGACGAGUUCAUGAGUGAGGUUCUACGGUUACUGGCUUUGCAGUUGCAGCGGUGUGAUGAUGUUGAUGGUGGACUUUUCGAAAUCGAUGGAUAUGAUGGUGGUGCGUUCCUGCGCAAGCUGCUCACGAAGCUUCGACAAUCCGUUGAUGAGCUUGUUGGUAACCGAAAGGAUUCCAUGGUGAAGGUUGAGCUUGACAAGCUUGAGGAAUGGGUCAGGAUUGAAUAUGAUUGGGAACUGCAUCGCGAAGCUAUUCUCCGCCGGGGUAUGCUCCAAUUGGAGGACGGCGAGGAGGUGGAGAUGGAUAUGGAGGAGAACGAUGAAGACGAAGAGACUGGCGAGUAUGCUCCUAUGAUCGUCGAUCUGGGAGAUGGAGAUGGAGACGCAUAA